AUGUCCGACGAAUCAGCAUUCACCUUCCUCCCCCUCGGAGCCAUCAUCCAAGAAUUCAACGUGGACGGCACCAACAUCGUGCAAGGCUUCAAAACUCAAGAGGACUACGUCAAAUACAACGCCCCUUAUUUCGGCGCCACAAUCGGCCGAUUCGCAAAUCGUCUCAAGGAUGGAUUACUAGAAAAUGUGAAUGGUCAAACCUAUACAUUGGAAAAGACCAAUGCCCCCAAUGCGUUGCAUGGUGGCUCGAAGGGGUGGGAUAAGAGGAUCUUUGAAGGUCCCACGACUGUUACUCGCAAUGGGAAAGAGAGCAUCCUUUUCAAGUAUUUGAGUAAACAUGAAGAGGAAGGGUACCCGGGCACGUUGGAGGUUAGGGUUUGGUAUACCGCCAGCAAAGAAGAUGGGAGGACGGUCUUGGAGACGGAGUAUGAGGCUGAGUUGGUGGGGGAUGAGGUCGAGGAGACCGCCGUUAAUAUCACAAACCAUUCGUACUUCAAUAUCUCCGACGGCCCAGAUAUCACCGGCACAAAAGCCAAGCUAGCAACGGACUGGCAUCUCCCCUUCGACUCAACCUCUAUCCCUCUGGGUGGUAUGGACCAUUUCACCAAGGUGCCCGUCGCCGAACAAUUCAUUCUCCAAGGCGCCCAAACCGAAAUCGACGACUGUUUCCUCAUGGAAAGAGACCCCUCCAAAGUGCCUCUUGACACCAGACCCCUACCACUAAAUCUACUAGCCGAAUUCAGCCACGACAACACAAAACUCCAUCUUGAAGUAUACAGCACUGAGCCGGCAUUCCAGUUCUAUACCGGAAACUUCAUCGAUGUCCCCGCUGUUAACGGGCUACCCGCUCGUGGGAAGUAUGCGGGCUUCUGUGUUGAGCCUAGUCGGUACGUGAAUGCACCCAAUGUGCCCGAAUGGAGAAAUAUGGCUGUGCUCAAGAAGGGGGAGAUUUACGGGGCGAAAAUGGUGUAUAAGGCGUGGAAGGAGUAA